AUGGCACACUCGCGCAUCUCUGCUGCUGACGCCUUGCGACAGAUCCAGGAGAACCUUGCCCUGGAGAGCGACGACGACUGCAACUUCUCCUCGGAUGAAAGCGGUGAGGAUAGUGAGGAAGAACGUUGCCACUUUGAGCUUCGACUCGAUCCCGCUGAAGAUGUUUGUGAUGAAAACGAGGAGAACAUUCCACCUCCAAGGAAGAAAGCACGGUGUCAGCCCAGCCAGCAACAGCUGUCAUGGAAGACAGAAAGUGAUGGCGAUGCCUCUCCACCACCGCUGCGGUUUCUUCCUGCGAGGGAGCCUGGUGUGCAGCUGAGCACAGGGGACAGCCACACUCCUCUGGACCUCUUCAAGUUGUUCUUUUCGGAGGAGGCUGUGGAAACCCUCUGCCGGAAUACCAACAAACAAGCUGCCAGGAGUGUAGCCGGAGGUGCAAAGUACAGGUGGAUGGAUGUUGGAGUCGUUGAAUUUUACAGAUACAUUGGACUGAUAUUCUACAUGGCCAUGGUCAAACGGGAUCGCAUUGCCGACUACUGGCGGACAAACUCCGUCUUCUCCCUCCUUUUCCCAUCACGAGUGAUGUCAAGGGACAGAUACCGGACCAUAUCCUGGAAUGUACACAUGAGUGACCCAGAUGAGGACAGAAUCAAUGAUGCCAAGAGGGGAACCUCAGAGCAUGACAGACUGUUCCGAGUCAAACCCCUCAUGUGCACGAUUCAGAGUGCCUGUAAGGCAUUCUAUCAUCCCCGUAGGAAUCUUGCUGUGGUUGAACGUAUGGUGCCUUACAAAGGACAUUCUGGCAUGGCACGGUGCACGAGGGACGAGCCAACCAAGUGGGGUUUCAAGUCGUUUGUGCUCACGGACUCCAGCAAUGGGUACACUGUGGACUUUUCUGUAUACACUGGAAAAAACGACUUCCCCACAGGCCAGGGGCUGUCUUAUGACUCUGUCAUGUCACUGAUUGACAGAAUGCAUUUGGGGUCUGGGUACCAUGUGUACAUGGACAGUUUCUAUGCAAGCCCAAAGCUUUUUAAGGACUUAUUUGCUUGUAAGUUUGGUGCUUGUGGAACAUACAGAGAGUCCAGAAAGGACUGUCCACGCAGUUCCGUCAAUGCGCUGACAGAGAAGUCUCCUAGAGGAACGUACCGCUGGAUAAGGGACGGUCCUCUCCUCUUUGUGAAGUGGAUGGACACACAAGAGGUGUCUGUCUGCUCCACCAUCCAUACAGCCUACACUGGGGAUGCAGUACAGAGGAGAGUGAGAUCCAAACAGGGUGUCUGGAGCACAGAGUCAUUUCCAUGUCCAUCACCAGUGAUGGAAUACAACAAGCUCAUGGGAGGCGUUGAUUUGUCUGACCGUGUGAUCCAGUAUCACACAUCCCGGCACAGAACCAUGAAGUGGUACAGGAAACUCUUCCAUGGCUUCUUGGACAUCGCUGCGACCAAUGCCUAUGUUCUCCACAAAGAACUCAUGCAACAGGACAGCAUGACCCACAAGGCUUUCAUGGAGGAGCUCACUGUGCAGCUGUGCGGUGUGACACUGGAGACACAGAAGACGCCCGUAGAGAAGGCCAGCGGUAUUCAUCUACCAGUUCCCGGGGCUGAGCUUGUCACGGACAGCAGGACGAGGGCUUCCGCCGGCCGCAGGACCUGUGCGUAUUGCAGGGAGCAUAGGGGGAAAAACACAAAAACGCCUUGGAAGUGCAAAGCAUGUGGUGUCUACCUUUGUCUUCAGCCAGACAGGAACUGUUUUGAAGCUUGGCAUCAAAAGGACUGA